AUGACGCAGCUCGUCUCGCAUUUCGAUACCUUUCAUACCGGCCCCCUUCAUGCCGUUUCCUUCGACUUGUAUGGCACUAAAGUUGCAACAGCAAGCACAGAUGAAUCUAUUCGUCUAUGGGAUGUAUCAGCAGAAUCAGGAGGAGCUCAAUUCAUACAAGAACUCCGUGGUCAUAACGGCCCUGUAUGGCAGGUUUGUUGGGCUCAUCCCCGUUUUGGUCAAUUAUUAGGUUCUUGUGGCUAUGAUCGUCGUAUAGUUGUAUGGGAAAAACAAGAAAGAGAACAACAAUUUACUGCGGUGUAUUCAAAUGAUGAGCAUGCAUCAUCUGUCAAUACACUCCAAUUUGCACCAGAGGCAGCAGGACUUAUAUUAGCAGCAGGAAGUAGUGAUGGAUCUAUAUCUAUAUUAAUACAACAACAAGAAACAGGAUCUAAUCAUCAUUGGACACGUCAGGCUUUUCCUGCACAUUUUAAUGGAGUACUUGCACUCUCUUGGGGGCCCCUAGGAGGGGGCCCCCUUAAUACCUCCUCAGUAGAUGGCAGGACUAGUGGAUUGCUGCUGGCAUCAGGAGGUGCAGAUAAUCGUGUACGUCUAUGGGAAUGUGAUGCAUCUAAGCAAUGGACGGAGUUACCUGCAUUGGCAGGAGAGCAUCAUACAGAUUGGGUAAGAGAUGUAUCCUUUAGACCCCAAGGCGCAUCUUCUUUUGUUGUCCCUGGUGCCCUGUUGCUUGCCUCCUGUAGCGAGGACAAGACUGUUAAAUUAUGGAUAGGAGAGCCACCCCAGCAGCAGCAGCAUCAGCAGCAGCAGCAGCAACUGCAGCAGCAGCAGCAGCAGCAGGAUAUUCUUAUGAAUAAUCCAUCACCAUCACAAUAUAAAUGGAGAUUAUUGCAGACACUUGUCCUUGAUGCUCCUGCAUGGAGAGUUACAUGGAGCAGCAGUGGGGCUUUAUUAGCUGUUGCAUGCGGAGAUUCUGCUGUGCUGCUGCUGAGGGAGAAUAUGCAUGGUACAUGGGAGUUGGUAACAGAUUUAGCAGAGAAAGCACAACUGCAGCAGCAGCAGCAGCAACAGCAGCAGCAGCAACAACAACAGCAGCAGCAGCAACAGCAGCAGCAACGGAUGAUGCAACAGCAGCAAAUGCCACAAUUCCAGCAACAGACACCGCAAAUGCAGCAAAUGAAUAUGCAGCAGCAGCAACAACCACAGCAGCAACAAAUGAUGCAGCAGCAACAUCCAAUGAUGCAGCAACAGCAGCCGAUGCGUCAGCAGCAACCUCUACAGCAGCAGCAGCAGCAGCCGCAGCAGGCUCCUCCUCUGCCGCAUGCUUUCGGCUCUGCCCCACCACCACCACAGCAGCAGCAGCCGCAGCAGCAAACACCACAGCUAGGCCCUAUGGGUGUCAUGCCACCUGUUGGGGCCCCUGCUCCUCCCGUGGGUAUGGGGGCCCCCCUUGGUGGCAGCAACGCAAUGGGAGGUGUGAGGCCUCCUACAAUGAUGCCAGCAGCAGCAACUGGACUGCAGCAGCAGCAGCAGCCUGGAGGGGUACAACCGCCGCCUAUGCAGCCGCAGCAGCAGCAGCCUCCCGCUGCAGGCAGUGGUUUUAUGCCCCCAACCUCGCUGCAGCAGCCACCGCAGCAGCAGCAGCAGCAACCAGGAGGUCGUCUGUCUAUGCCUCCUCCCCCUACUGGUGUCUUAGGGGGUGCAUCUGCUGCUCCACCUGCUGCUGCUCCUCCUCCUGCUGCUCCUGCAGCAUCUCCUGGGGCCCCACAGCCCUUCCUUUCCUCUACAGCCCCGCCUCCACUACCCCGACCUGCAGGAGGCUUUGGGGCCCCCCCUCCUAUGCAGCAACAGGGUACAGCUUUUAUGCCUCAAGGGGCCCCUCCCAUGAGGGGCCCCAUGCCACCUCCUAUGGGUUCCGCAGGGUACUAA